GCAGACAUUUUAUUGCAAAGUCUCAGUGUCUCAGAAGACUAUGGAACGGCCGAGGACCUCAAAGAUGAUUUCCCCAUCUGGUCGAAGAAGGUGGCACUUCUGUUGGACGACCAGAAGAAGAAGGCCACCAUAGCAGAGCAAGAACGAUACUUGCAAGCCAACAACGUUCGCUUCAGGGGGACAAAGGUCACCCGUGCCGUCAUCAACGCCGUGGUGGCAAUGAGACGGUUCAACGCCCGAGCCCACGAACUGCUCAGAGCGAUCCGGGUCGAAUAUGGACCCACCAUCUUCUCAGAUGGCUUCAGCAAACUGGUGCGCUUCAGCCAGACAGUCGGAACACUCGUCGAGGGUGAGGACUUCCAAGAGGAGGCCCUGGUCUUCACCUUCGGCCUCGCACUGGUGCUCCUCAGGCGGGAGGAAGUCCAGCCCAGCUUUUUCAGCUCCAGGAACCUGGAGAGCAGGGAUAAGAAGCAAGGUUGGAUGACAAUGACUUUUCUGAAGUUCCUCCUAGUCAGCAACCUCCUCAAGUUCCCGGAGCAGCUGAAGAUGGAAGCCUUGACUUCAGUGCUGAAACAGCUGGACUCACCCCUGACUUUCCACAAGGCCUUUCCUGCCGCUCCUGCCGGGUCAGAGGAGGCAGUGAAGACUGUGCCUGAGGAGUCCGUUGCGUCGGAGGUCAACAAACUCACUGAGGAUCAGAAGAGGUUCUUUGGCCUGAUUCGUGACUUGUACGAGGGCGAGUACGAUGAAGACCUUCGGUGUGUUCUGGCCGGAAAGAACUUCAAACUCCUCUAUGAUAUGUCGAGUCCGGCCAGCGAGAACAAGGACUUGGGGCUGUACAAGGAGUACAACGAGUGCCUGAGGCUGCUGAAUUCGAACUCACGUGAGACGACUUCUGCUACAGGUCUGAGCUCCAGUGGUCCCGGGCUGGAUGCCCGAAGCCUAGCCAUGUGUCUGGGCGAUGAGGACGGGAAGGAGGCCAAGAUUCGGGAACGCAAAGAGAUCUACAACAAGGCUGUGUGUCUGAGGAAAAAGUUGGUGCAAUUCUCAACAGCCGACUUUUCGGCCGGAAGCAACAUGUUCGACAGAUCUGCAUGCGACAGGUUUGUCUGGAGCGCUGACCUCCAUCAUGAGACAACAAUGAUGCCCUGGACAAUGACAUCGCAUGUCAGUGCAGAUGAGGUCAGACGCAUCAGCGCUUACAUGGAGAAGAUUGCACUGGCCCAAGGCGACUUUGUCCUCAUGUGGGAUGGAAGAAAUGUGAACAACAGGCGGGCCAUUGAGGAUGCGCUCGGCGUCUUGACCGCUCCCACACGGGUCACAGAGUUCAGUGUUCACUACGUUUCCGACCACACGAAGAGGCCCUCUCCAGGCCGGAGGGUUUUUGGAGCUGCACACUACAGGGAGAAUGGCUGGAUGAAGGGGACUGUCAGCCGAGUUCGCAUCUGCACAGAUGAGCGCGAAGAAACUUGUUUGCAACUCAGUCAAAGUCAAGUCCCUCUCAUGCAACUACCCAGUUGCAACUCAGGACCCGUACACCUGGUCGGAGAAAGGAUCGACUAG